AUGUUGACGUUGCAAGCUCCAAGGAGGGAAGCACCCUCAAAACGGCGCCGACGAGCCUGCUCGGUACGGCACCCGUCAGCGUGGGCGCAGGGAACGAAGAGGCUGUUUGUCGAUAGCCUCACUGAAGAGGCAUGGUACGUUGCAGAGUCAGACUCUGAAGAUGUGGCUGAGGCGAUGAAGGAGGAUGACUUGGACGACGAGGUUCCAGAGGAUGACGAUCCACGUUGCCCGACGAUUCCCUUCAAAGCCAUGGAAAAGAUCCGAUAUCGUCGCAAGUGGCGGUCGGCACUCAUUGUCAAGGUUUUGGGGAGAACCUUCCCCUACCCAAUCCUUGCGAAAAGACUGGAGUCCAUGUGGGCUAAGUUUGGUUCCCUCCAAAUCAAUAGCAUCUCAUGGGGGUUCUACGUGGUCCGGUUCACCAACCAGAUGGACUAUGAGCGUGCGGCUGCGGGAGGACCAUGGAUGAUCGGCGAUCACUCCAUCACGGUGCGACCUUGGCGUAAGGGUUUCGACCCGAAGGAUGCUGAAGUAGCAACAACGAUGGUUUGGGCGAAGCUCCUGGGACUGCCGAUUGAGUACGUGAACAAGGAGGCAGCUGAACGAAUAGCCUCACGUAUGGGCAAACCAGUGAGAGUGGACAGGAUGGGAAUACCACAGACUCAGGAUCUGGGAAGGUAUCUUGGUGUUCCUGUGCUACAUGGGCGGGUAACGAAACAAACUUAUAAGUAUAUUUUGGAUCGCCUGGAUAAUAAACUUGCAGGGUGGAAGGCUACUAGCUUGUCGUUUGCAGGUAGAGUGACCCUGGCGAGGUCAGUGCUGAGCUCACUACCUACUUAUGCUAUGCAGACGACACUCCUCCCAAUCUCGAUCUGUGACGAAAUCGUCCGACGUGUCCGGAAAUUUAUUUGGGGCUCCACAGGUGAUAGCAGGAAAAUCCAUCUAGUUCACUGGGAAGGAGUGUGCCAAACGAAGAAAGAGGGCGGCCUCGGGUUUAGGAAGGCGCAUGAGUUGAACCUAGCUUUCCUUGCUAAGCUAGUGUGGUUAUUCACUAAAAAGCCGGAUGAGUUGUGGGUGUAUGUGCUCCAGUCGAAGUAUUUCAAAACAGUUAAUGGCGUCCUGGUAGCUAAAUCGUCGGCCAGAUCCUCCAACCUAUGGAGAGGGAUGCGCAAAGCUUGGCCGGUGACAAACCUGGUAACUCUUAUGCACCUGAAGGAUGGGAUGAGCACCAGUUUGUGGACGGAUCAAUGGGUGGAGAUGGGUGUUGUGUUGAUGGACUAUCUGAAGGAAGACUCUCCCCCGAUCGAUCCUUGCACUCAUGUGGCCGCGUUUGUGGAUAAUGGUAAGUGGGACCUCAAUACCCUCUCUCAAUUCUUACUAGAUGAGUUGCUUUUGAAGAUUGCAGGAGUUCAGCCACCGGUGGAGGGCGCUGGUGAGGACGUACCGACGUGGGGACCGGAGGUGAAUGGUACGUUCUCCGUGCGCACAGCCUACUCCCUUGCGACGGACUGCUCCGACAAAGACGACGCCGCCAAGUGGAAGGAGAUUUGGAAGUGGCGGGGACCAGAGCGAGUUCGGCAUUUCUUGUGGCUGGCCAUGAGGGAAAGGCUCCUCACAAACAGCGAGCGCGCCAGGAGGAAACUCACCACGUCAACAGGAUGCGGAGCUUGCGGCUGUGCGGAGGAGACAGUCCUGCAUGUGUUGCGGGACUGUGAUCUUGCCAGGUUAACUUGGAUGCAACUAAUCCCGCCUUCUGAAGGAUUGGAUCGAGCGCAACCUCCGAAGUGA